AUGGCGAACUUCUUUGAUCGCAGCCGCGCAGCUUCGAGCUCCAAAAAUCCUGCCACAAAAUCAAUCGUUGAACAUGCCCCUGCCGCGCAGCCGUGGACGGAGAAGUAUCGGCCUCGGAAUUUAGAAGAAGUAAAGAGCCAGGAACAUGCCACCGAAACACUUCGUCGUAUGGUCAACGCCUCAAACCUUCCUCACCUCCUCUGCUAUGGCCCGCCUGGAAAUGGCAAGACGUCCACAAUCCUCGCCCUCUGUCGAGAACUGUUCGGCCCAGAACUCAUGAAAACAAGAGUCCUCGAACUCAACGCCUCGGACGAACGAGGUCUCUCCGUGAUCAGAGAACGGGUGAAACAAUUCGCAUCGCUCCACCUGACACACCCUUUCUCGGAGGAAUACCGCAAGAAGUACCCGUGCCCUAACUUCAAGGUGGUUUUGUUGGACGAGGCGGACCAGCUCACGCAGGAUGCGCAGGGUGCGUUAAGACGAGUGAUGGAGAUCCACAGCGCAACCACUAGAUUCGCGCUAUGCUGCAACUACGUCUCAAGGAUAAUCGAUCCCAUAGCCUCGCGGUGUUCGAAAUUUCGAUUCAAGGCUCUCGAAGGGUCCGAAGCAGCCGCGCGUAUCCAAGAGAUUCUCAAGGCGGAGAAUGUGAGGUAUGAAGAGGGCGUCAUUGAAAGGACUCUCAAAGUGUCGGAUGGGGACCUUCGACGUGCUAUCAAUCUUCUUCAGAGUGCUGCUCGACUUGCUGGCGCUUCACCCUCAACAUCUGCCUCGAACGGCCACAAGAAAAGAGUGGUCGCAGAUGAGUCGGACGAGGAAAUGGAAGAUGUUGAUGCCGCCAAAACGGAACCAGCUCAAUCUAACAACAUGGUCAAAAUAUCAGACAUCAACGAGAUCGCAGGCACCUUUCCCCCGAAUCUCACGGACAACCUCAUCGAGAUCCUCCAAAAAGGCAGCACACGAAACUACAACGCCAUUGCGUCGGAAAUCACGAACAUCGUCGCAAGCGGGUAUGCCGCCAACGAGGUGCUUUCUGCUUUAUACUCGGCCGUUGUGCUUGGUGAGGAUGACGUAGCCGUCAACGGCAAAGAAGACGCGGCCAUGAGGAAAAAGUACAAGCUGACCGCCAUCUUUUCGGAGUUCGACAAGAAGUUAGUCGACGGGGUUGAUGAGCAUCUCGCGUUGCUUGAUAUGAGUUGUCAGGUUGCGGGAGUGCUGGCUGCCUGA